GUAAAUAGAUUACUGUUUACGUAGUACGUACUAAUAGUAGUAUGAAAUUAUAGUUUGAUUUUUUUUACAAAAACCAUUACUUUACACCUAUACCUACUAAAUUCAUAUUAGGCAGAUAGUUGGUUCUAAAUCUAGCUUUUAACAUUUUGUGUUGAUGCUGUUGAUUGUAUUUAAGAUUAUAUUUUUUAUCGAAAUACAAUGUCUGAACCAGUGAUUGUUCUGCACGGUGGAGCAGGAAAUAUACCGGACAACCGUGACCAACCAAAGUUUGAUGGAAUUUUAACCGCCAUCAGAAAAGCUCAUGAAACCUAUUCAAAAACAUCAUCUAUUACAGAUGCAUGUCAAGUCGCUAUUGAGUAUAUGGAAGAUGAACCAGCGUUCAAUGCAGGCCGUGGAUCGGUGUUAAAUCUAAAGGGCGAAAUCGAAAUGGAAGCUCUUAUUAUGGAAGGAAAAGACAUGAAGGCUGGAAGUGUUACAGGUGUAAGAAACAUUGCACAUCCAAUCGCGCUGGCUAGAAAAGUUAUGGAAAACACACCUCAUGUAUUUUUGAUGGGUGCAAGUGCUAACGAGUUUGCUCAAAAAAUGGGAUUUGAAACUGUCAGUGACGAUUAUCUUAUAACAAGUGAUGCAAGAACAGGCUUGGACAAUUUUUUGAAAUUGGGUGGUGAACCCAAUACUACAGAAAUUGGACAUGGAGGUGUGGGCACUGUUGGUGCUAUUGGUAUGGAUGGAAACAGUGGACAUAUGGUGUCGUGUACUUCGACAGGAGGAAUCACCGGUAAAAUGGCUGGUAGGGUUGGUGAUACACCAGUUCCUGGUGCUGGUGGUUACUGUGAUAAUACCGUGGGCACUGUUUCAACCACUGGCCACGGUGAUAGCAUAAUGCGCUAUUGUUUGGCUCAAAGAAUAAUGCAAAAUUUGGAAAAUGGUGAAACUCCAGACAUUGCAGCUCAAAAAGCAUGUGACGGUAUGUCAGCUCGUGUGGGUGGUAGUGCUGGGGCUAUUGUUAUUUCCAAAACUGGGGAGGUUGGCAUUGGUUUUUCUUCUCCUAAAAUGGCAUGGGCAUUCUUGAAAAACGGAAUCAUUUAUUAUGGAAUUAAAAAAGGUCAAAAGUUUACGGUUAAGCUGUAAAACAAGAGUAAUAGGAUUAUAGAACCAAAUAUUUACUUAAUACAUUUUAUUUGAAUAGGUAUAGAUUGUUUUUUAAAUAGUGUAAAUGUACAAAUAUUUAUAAUGCAUAUAAAAUGUAUAUUAUAACCAUAAAUCAUAUUAAUCCAAAUAUUGUGUUAAUUUACUAUGAAGUAAAUUACAAAACAAUUUUUAUACUUUUAA